AAUGUCAUUUUAUAGUUAACGUGUGUUGUGAUUGGUAGUGCCUAACUUUUGAAACUUGUUUUUUAACUUAAGUUUUCGAACUUUAAUUAUAGAAAGUCACGCAAGUAUUAAUUAAUACAGAUAUCUAUUAAUGCUAAGUGAAAUAUAAAAUUAGAAUUAAAUUACCCUCUAAUUAAAUAUGUCUAAAAAUGUUUUGGUCAUUGGAAGUGGUGGUCGAGAGCAUGCCUUGUGUUGGAAGUUAGCCGAUUCUCCGCUAGUAAAACAAAUAUUCUGUGCUCCAGGCAGCGUCGGCAUUUCAUCUAUUAUCAAAGUUGAAAGUGUCGAUCUAAAUAUAAAAGACUAUCCCGCAUUAGCAGAAUGGUGCAAACAAAAGGACAUAGAUCUAGUGAUCGUCGGUCCAGAAGAUCCUCUAGCCGAUGGGAUUGUAGAUGCUCUAUCAACAUAUGGCAUCAAAUGCUUUGGUCCAACGAAAGCUGGAGCCGAAAUUGAGGCGAACAAAGACUGGUCGAAGAAGUUUAUGACUAAAUAUCAGAUUCCGACAGCAAGAUAUCAGUCUUUCACUGAUGCAACAGCGGCUAAGAAUUUUAUCAACACUGCUCCAUUCCCAGCCUUGGUGGUAAAAGCAUCUGGCUUAGCAGCUGGCAAGGGAGUCGUAGUUGCAUCGAGCAAGGAAGAAGCCUGUGCCGCUGUUGAUGAGAUUUUGACAGACGCUAAAUAUGGUAGUGCAGGACAAACAGUGGUCAUUGAAGAAGUUUUGGAGGGCGAUGAAGUGUCUGUGCUCGCCUUCACAGAUGGCGAGACGGUAUCUCUCAUGCCCCCGUCCCAAGACCACAAGCGUAUUGGAGACGGGGACACUGGCCCCAACACUGGGGGCAUGGGGGCAUACUGCCCCUGCCCUCUCAUCACACCGGAACAGCUGGCUGAUGUUAAGGAACAGGUGAUACAAAGAGCCGUGGACGGGUUGAAAGCUGAGGGGAUACAUUAUGUUGGUGUGCUAUAUGCCGGUAUGAUGGUCACAAAAUCGGGCCCAAUGACGUUGGAAUUCAACUGUCGUUUCGGCGACCCAGAAACCCAAGUUCUGAUGUUGCUUCUCGAAUCCGACCUGUAUACUAUCAUGAGGGCGUGUGUCGAUGGCACAUUGAAGCAAGUGCAAGUGAAAUGGGAGACAGAAAUGUGCGCCGUGGGUGUUGUGAUCGCCUCUAAGGGUUAUCCCGUGACGUCGACCAAGGGAUGCGUUAUUAGCGGUCUAUCCCAAGUGCAAGCCCAACCGAAUAUCGUAGUAUUCCACAGCGGAGUGGCCCGUGGGGCCAACGACUCAUUGGUUACAGCCGGGGGUCGGGUUAUACUGGUCGCAGCCAAACGUAGCUCCCUACGUACUGCAGCAUCUGUGGCCACUACUGCAGCUGCUGCUAUUGACUUCCCUGGAGCUCAGUAUAGGAAGGAUAUAGCUCAUAGGGCUUUCUCUAAACUAAACGGCCUCUCAUACCUCGAGAGUGGUGUAGACAUAGACGCGGCUGCUAACCUCGUGCGAAUCAUUGAACCUGUGGCCACAGCUACACAUAGACGUGGUGUUCUUGGCAGACUUGGGUGUUAUAGCGGCCUUUUCCAGUUGUCUGCUAUGGAUUCACGCUUCAAGGACCCCGUGUUAGUGCUGGGGACUGAUGGAGUUGGGACUAAGCUGAAGAUUGCAGAAAUAAUGCAAAAAUACGAUACAUUGGGCCAAGAUCUCGUAGCUAUGUGCGUGAACGAUAUCCUAUGCGCGGGCGCAGAACCGUUCGCGUUCCUGGACUACAUGGCGUGCGGGAGGUUGCAGCUGACCACCGCUACUGCUAUUAUAAAAGGCAUUGCUAAUGCGUGUUUGAUGUCUGGGUGUGCUUUGUUGGGUGGUGAAACAGCAGAGAUGCCGUCAAUGUACGACAUAGGCAAGUACGACUUGGCCGGUUUCGCAGUAGGAGUAGUUGAUAACCUGAAACAAUUACCUCGUAUGAAGGAAAUACGGGCUGGAGAUGUUGUAUUAGCGCUACCUUCUACUGGAGUUCAUAGUAACGGGUAUAGUUUGGUGCAGAAGAUUAUGGCUGAAACUGGACAUAGUUUCCAUGACAAAGCUCCAUUCAGUACUACAAACAAAACUUAUGGAGAAGAAUUCUUAGAGCCCACAGGCAUUUACGUGAAGGCUCUGUUACCGGCAGUAAAAAAAGGUCUAGUUAAAGGACUAGCGCAUAUAACUGGAGGUGGAUUGUUGGAAAAUAUACCCAGGAUUCUGCCAGCUGGAGUCAAAGUUAAAUUGGACGCUAUGAAGUUCAGGAUAAAGCCGAUUUUCGGAUGGUUACAAGCUAAGGGAAUGGUAUCAGACUUCGAAAUGCUGCGCACUUUCAACUGCGGUAUCGGUAUGGUGGCCAUCGUGGACCCCGUGUGUCUCAAGGAGUUCCUCGCUACUGUGGACGGGACUAUAGAUGUGGUUGGUGCGGUGGAGGCUAUUGGGAAACAGGGCGGUCAUCAAGUAGUAGUAGACAACUUCAGCAAAGCAAUGGCCCCGUUAAGCAGCCCAUACACGAGCGGUGCACACGCGCCGCUAAAAUCGCUCUCGUACAAGGACAGUGGAGUCGAUAUUGAGGCUGGAGACUCGCUUGUUUCUCUUAUUAAACCUUUGGCUAGAUCGACUUCUCGUUCGGGAGUACUGGGUGGUUUGGGAGGAUUCGGAGGAUGCUUCCAGUUGAAGGCUAUUGAACAAGAGUAUAAGGACCCAGUCCUAGUUCUAGCAGCAGAUGGAGUAGGCACCAAACUGAAGAUAGCCCAAGUGAUAAAUCAGCACAGUACCAUCGGUAUAGACCUGGUGGCGAUGUGCGUUAACGAUAUCCUGUGUAAUGGCGCCGCUCCACUGUCGUUCUUGGACUACUUCGCGUGUGGAUCGCUGGAUGUUAAUGUUGCUAAGGAUGUAGUGUCUGGUGUGGCCGAGGGAUGCCGACAGUCUUCAGCUGCGCUUAUUGGUGGUGAAACAGCAGAAAUGCCGGGCAUGUACGAGCCCGGUGUGUACGAUAUUGCGGGAUUCGCACUCGGUGUGGUCGAACGAACACACAUCUUGCCCAAGAUCAAUGAUAUUACGGUGGGAGACAUAAUAAUCGGGUUGCCAUCUAACGGAGUGCACAGCAACGGUUUCAGCUUAAUUCACAGUUUGAUGAAAAAAGCCAACCUUACCCUCAAUGACAAGGCGCCUUUCAGUGAGGAUGGACUUACUUUGGGCGACGAGCUAAUCAAACCGACCCGUAUCUACGUGCCCAGUGUGGUACCGGCCUUACAGCGAGGCUUUGUUAAGGCGGUGGCACACAUCACUGGAGGCGGUCUAUUGGAGAACAUUCCGAGAGUCAUACCGGAGUCUGUUAGAGCACGCCUUAACGCGCAUUGGUGGAAUGUGCAUCCGGUAUUCGCAUGGAUAGCGGACGCUGGUUCAGUGAAAGACGAAGAAAUGUUGCGUACAUUCAACUGCGGUAUCGGAAUGGUUCUCGUCGUAUCACCCGAACAUCAAGCUGAGGUGAUGAACAUAACCCGCUCAUUCGGUGCAAUGGUGAUCGGCUCGAUACAAGCUCGCCCCGCGGGUGGGGCCCGUGUGCUGGUUGAUAAUUUCGCGUCUGCACUUGAUUUUACCAGGCGUAUGCCGCUGUUGACUAAUAAGAAGGUUGCAGUUCUAGUAUCGGGCAGCGGCAGCAACCUGCAGGCGCUGAUAGACAGCACACGCGACCGCACGCAGUGCAUGUGCACUGAGAUCGCGCUGGUGGUCAGCAACAAGCCCGACGCGUUCGCGCUCAAACGCGCUGAGAACGCUGGGAUACCCACGCUGGUGUUCAACCACAAAGAAUACGCGUCCCGCGAAGAAUUCGACCGCGCGAUUUCUAAGGCUUUAGAAUCACACCGCAUAGACAUCGUGUGCCUUGCCGGGUAUAUGAGGAUACUGUCCGCUGAGUUUGUGCAAAAAUGGAAAGGCAAGCUAAUCAACAUCCACCCGUCGCUACUGCCCAAGCACCCGGGUCUCCGCGCACAGAAGCAAUGUCUCGAAGCCGGUGAUACCCUCUCCGGUUGUACUGUACAUUUUGUUGAUGAGGGCAUGGACACCGGUCCCAUAAUAACACAAGAGCGUGUACCCGUAUACCCGCACGAUACAGAAGAAACGCUUUCCGCUCGCAUUCUAACCGCGGAACAUCGCGCGUACCCACGUGCGUUGAGACUUGUGGCCACGUCACGAGCGAGAGUUGAUGCUAAGGGGAAUGUUAUAAUGUCGUAAUUUAGGAUAAAUGUUGCUGUAUAAUUGUAUAAUUCGAUAUUGAUGAUUAAUGUUUUUGUAUACUUUGGUUCUUAUAGGUUGUCAAAAAUAAAAUGUUCUUGUAUACUUUGGUUGUCAUAGAUUUUUGAAAAUAAAGUUUUUGUAUACUGUCUUUUGUAUAGAUGAAAUAAAAUUAAAUAUCAGUUGCUUGCCCAUAGAUAAUUAUUACAAUUUUAUUAACCUAACUUAUCCAUUAGUUCGCAUUCUAACCGCGGAACAUCGCGCGUACCCGCGUGCGUUGAGACUUGUGGCCACGUCACGAGCGAGAGUUGAUGCUAAGGGGAAUGUUAUAAUGUCGUAAUUUAGGAUAAAUGUUGCUGUAUAAUUGUAUAAUUCGAUAUUGAUGAUUAAUGUUUUUGUAUACUUUGGUUCUUAUAGGUUGUCAAAAAUAAAAUGUUCUUGUAUACUUUGGUUGUCAUAGAUUUUUGAAAAUAAAGUUUUUGUAUACUGUCUUUUGUAUAGAUGAAAUAAAAUUAAAUAUCAGUUGCUUGCCCAUAGAUAAUUAUUACAAUUUUAUUAACCUAACUUAUCCAUUAGUUCGCAUUCUAACCGCGGAACAUCGCGCGUACCCGCGUGCGUUGAGACUUGUGGCCACGUCAAGAGCGAGACUUGAUGCUAAAGGGAAUGUUAUUAUGUCGUAAUUUGUUUGUCUGAUAGAAUAAAAUACGUUUGUGUAUAAUUUGAUGUCGAAAAUGUUUUUGUAUACUUUGGUUGUCAUAGAAAAUAAUGUUUGUGUAUACUUUCAUUGUUAUAUAUUGUGAAAAAUAGAUAAAAAAUGUUUAUGAAGUGUUUAUGUAUACUUGAUCGAAAAUGAAAUUUUUGUCUAAUAAUGUCACUUCCCAGAUAUAAGUGUUCAAUAUAGUAAAUGUCUAUACUUUGGUCUCCAAGACAGAAAUGAAUUUAAUUUUUUAUGUAUGUACUUUAGUUUCCACAGACAUAUUAUGAACUAGCUUCGGUAGCUCAUAUCAAAAAUAAAAGAUGAAUCCAUUUGGGGCCAACAUUAUGAGAUUAAUUAAAUAUCUUUCACAUAGGUAUUUCGUUGUAUAUUUUAUAGUAUGAAGUUAAGUUUUUAUAUGAAUUAUAGUAUAUGAAUAGAUUUUAUACAAAUUAACAAGAUAUGUCUCAAUCUCAAUAUUAUGUGUUCUGAAAAAAAAAAUAUAGCAUAAAGCGCGUCACACACGGUGAAUAUACUAUAAUAUUUUAUGUUAAGAUUCUCUAAUAUAAAAUAUUACAGUAUCAUAUG